AUGGCGCAAUUGCGAUCGAAGCGGAAGGCACCUGGUGCCACCAUGCCAGUCCGUUCUGUUCCCAAUGUACAGGGGAAGCAUCGAAAUGCAUCUACCCCGAGAGUGGUAAAAGGCAAGUACCCAGCGCCUACACAUAUGCAGGUACCCGCGGGAAACCAACUAACUCAUUGGCCCAGAGGGUUACCGUUGGGAUACUUGAACCAAUUGGAAGAGAGGCUGGCAGAGACCGAGGCAGCUCUUUACGGGGCGUUGAUGACCGUUCGUUCAAUGGGACAACCAGCAGCAGUACAAACUCCAGCAAAGACGGAUACUAGCCCUAAAAACAAAGCAGCUCGCAUGGACGAGUGGUCUCAGCUGCCCCUUCGAGAAUGGCCGGAUAUGGAGCGCUGGCUGACGGUCAUGUCCGACCGGUUUACCAUCGAGCAACCAAGUGAGGCGGUUUCGGACACAUCGAGACGUGGCUACGCGAUUCCUAUGACUCCUACUCACGAUAAACAGCAGACUCUGGGAGAUCAACCCCAUUCCGGACUAGUCUCAUAUGCAUGGCCACCUAGGGACAACAGGGUCAGUUCGGGGAGUUCAUACGAUGCUCAUCAGACCCACCCUGGUGUGUUGGCUUCGCCGGUUUAUUUUGGACACCAGACCGCGGUGGAACCCGAACCUGUGCCGUCUAUAGAUAGUUCCCGAGAUGGAAUAGUUGGCGAGGAUGUUGUGGGUGUUUCGGAGGCAAGAGCUGGAGUGGAGACGGGGCCGAGUAAAGCUGAGGAGCUGUCACACAAUAAUCCGAGUCUUUACUUUUGA